AUGGCUACAUAUAGCAUACCUUUUGAAGAAAUUGAUGAAAAAGAUACCACAAAUACAGGUACAUCACCAACAAAAAAACGAAAAUCUACUAAACGAAGUCUUCGUUCUGCUAAUUCAUAUUGUAUCAUGGAAAAUGGUAAUGGUUCAUUAUCAGAUUCUAUUCCAUCAAAACCAUCAAAAUGUUUUGAAACUCAACCAAUUAAUGGAUCAAAUUUAGAAACGUCUACACAUUCACAAUCAUCAGUUCAGUAUGCAAAUUUGAAUAAUUAUCCAUUGCAAUUAACAUUAACUCCAGUUGAAAGUUCUCAAUCAACUGCAACAAAUAUAGAUAAUAUACAAAAAUUUCAACAAAUUGAAUUACGCAAUAUUACAGAUGAUGAGGAUGAUGGUAAACAACAAAAAAAAGUUGCACGACCAACAGAUUAUAAAAUUCCUGAUCAUGAUCCAAUAGUAUCAUCAUAUACAUCAACUAAUGAUAGUGACAUUAUUGAAAUCCAUGAAUUUAGUGAAGCUGAUGUUGAUGCUUAUCUUGAUAUUUAUUUUGAAAUGCUUCAUAAUCGUUUAAUACAUUUUCUCGGAGAUAAUGAUCAAUUACAACAAUUUCGUAUAAAAAUGAAAAAUCGAUUAAAUACUGAUUUGAACUCACGUGAAUAUCAAAAUGUUCUUCUUGGUAAAAUCAAUGGUGAAGUUGUAGCAGCAGUAACAUUAUCAUUUCCUGGUGAAACGACAACUGUUACAAAUGAUAGUAUACUUCCACGAGCAGAUUCAUGUUUAGCAUCAAUACGUCGUUGGUCAAUGCGAAAUGCAAAUUAUAUUCCAACAGCUAUGAAUGAAUGUUAUAUUGAAAUGAUUGGUGUUAAAAGUGCAUAUAGAAAUCAUGGUAUAGGUGCAGCUCUACUUGAAUGUGUUGAACAUUUUGCUCAAGAAGCUGGUGCACUUUUAUUAACAGUACAUACAAAUGGAUUACAAUUAACAAAUUAUUUUGCACGAUUUGGUUUUAUGAUUGAUCAUUCAGAUAAUUCAGCAUUUUGGAAAUGGAUAGUUGAACGACAAAAUAUUAAUAAAAUGUCAAAACAUAUUACACCUGAUCAUGAUGAUCAUAUGGAUAAUGCAAGUUAUGUUAAUGGAAGUAUUGAUGAAAAUGAUGAUGUAUAA